UCACUUCCUGUCUAAUAUAUAUAAUCUUUCCUCUUCUCCAACUUUUACUCCUUGAACCAAUUCUCUCUCUCUCUCUCUCUCAAGAGUACCAUUUCUACUGGUACUCUUCCAUUCUCACGAGAGCCUUUUUGAGUGGUUGCAUGAAUGUUACAAUGAGGAAGCCAUGUUGCGAGAAGCAAGAUAUCAACAAAGGAGCUUGGUCCAAACAAGAAGAUCAAAAGCUCAUAGAUUACAUUCGAAAACACGGAGAAGGUUCUUGGCGUACUCUUCCUCAAGCUGCAGGGUUGCUUCGUUGUGGUAAAAGUUGUAGACUUAGAUGGAUUAACUAUCUAAGACCAGACCUCAAAAGAGGCAACUUCGCUGAGGAUGAAGAAGACCUCAUCAUCAAGCUUCAUGCACUUCUAGGCAACCGGUGGUCUUUAAUAGCGGGGAGAUUGCCAGGACGGACGGACAAUGAAGUCAAGAACUAUUGGAACUCUCACUUGAGAAGAAAGCUUAUAAACAUGGGAAUUGAUCCAAAUAAUCAUCGAUUGAAUCGGGUUCUCCCUCGCUCUCAGGAUCCUUCUUAUUCUCGUAGUGUUAUUCCUUCUGAACUGGAGAAGGUUAAAGGAGCUGAUGAUUGUGAACAAGUUUCGGAUGUUGGAAGUUGUUUAGAAAAUGCCACUAGAGGCUUGCCUGAUCUGAACCUUGAUCUCACCAUGACCAAUAUUUCUCCUAUCACCAUCGUUGAAGAAGAGAAAAAGCAAUCUGAGUUUGAUGUAUGUAGAGAAACCCUUCUUCUCUUUAGGUGACAAUUUGGAUUUAAGGCCUCAUUUUGUUGACCUCAAUCUUCCUAAUAAACAUUUGAAAGUAGUUCUCAAAAGUAGAAAUUAAUUAAGUCCAACAAAGUAUAUAAACAUACUAAACUCAGAUGAUUCAUUAGGGAGGGGCUAUUUCAAACCCUAUUGCAUUGAAGGGUUAGAACAUGUAUUUUGCAGAUUGAGUUCUUAUGUUUCUUUUACAAC